AUGGCUCAGGAGGCCGGUGAUGCUCGGUCCAUGGCGGAGAGCCUCCCAGAUGCUCCUCCAACUGUUACCCCUGCCAAACAGACGGUUAAGUCUUUCAAGUGCGACCUCACCCUCCGAUCUCACCAAGGGGGAUUGCUGAUGCCUGUAUUUAGGAAAAAAUAUGCAAAGCUCAAGGUCAAGUUUGACGUCGCGACACGCGAGAGUGAGACACUCAUCCGCGAGGAGCUGCGCAUCGAAGACCUAUCAAAGCGUAUCCGGGAACAGAACGAUCAAUUGCUUGAAGUCUUGCUCGAAUUCAAUGAAAGCAUUCACGUCUCUCCGGCUUUGCGAUACGACUUGAACAUGCCGAAUGACGCACCGUACCUGCCGACACUCGAGCAAGAGAUUGCACCCUUGGUCAAUGAUGCGACUCUUGCCCGAACGGCACUGAAGGAGGCCAAGGCGGGAGUGACCACAGGCACGAUCACGGUUAGCGCGUACCGAAUGGUCGAAGAAAGCAUCAAACGCAACAAGUCGUUCAUCCCGGCUUUGCAAUACACCACCCUCACUCAAGUCCCCCACACGGUGCCGCCACCAACAGAACUGGGCAAGGGAGCCGACCACACCAUCGAGCGCAGACUCGGAUAUCUUACACCGGAGCAUGAAACCGAGUACUACCUGACUCUAGAUGCCAAGCUCGGCGACGAGGCAGCAGCCGCGCAGGUCGAACGUCUGCCCGAUCCGCCUACUUUUGCAGAGCGUGAGCGAGAUGCGAACAAUCGAAACCCGGCGUCGGUAUACAAUUGGCUGCGCCGCAAUCAGCCUCAGACAUUACAAGAUAACGAGGCCGCAUCGGAGAAGUCCACAUCACGGCCUUCCAACCAGCGGGCUGCCGCCAAACGGGCCACGGCGCAGGCGCGCAAGGACGAGGAUAUGGACGAAGAUGGGACAGAUGCACACCCUACCCCGAAAAACAAGCGAAAGCGUGAAGAGGACGCUGGCUAUCGGCCCAAGGGUGGCAGCAGUCGUUCGAAGAAGAAGAAAGAAGAGCCCACGUCGACUCCUAAAAGCACUGCUAAAAAGACGUGA